AUGCCAAACACAUCUCUUCGCCGCCCAGCAAAGGGCUAUAAAAGAGGAGGGAAAACUGCAUACCAUGGCGCAAAAACCCGGACUUUCGCUGCGUCCUCAAGGGCUGAAGGUACCUCUGCUGACGAAAAGUGGGAGCGUACUCGCUUGGCCCAGAGCAUUGACGACAAGAUGGGUUUUGCACGGUAUGAAAGCGGAAAGAAGAAGGAAGGAUGGCUGGUAAACGUUCAACCAACUUCUGUCGAAGAUGAAAGGAUACCGGGCGGUCGAGCAGCAUUAGACUGCUACUUCAUCGAACUGGACGGAAGCACUUUCAAGGCUACGGUCGAAUAUGAUCCUUAUAUCGUAAUUGCCGUCAAAAAGGGUCGCGAGUCUGAGGUUGAAGAGUGGCUGAAGAGAGUGCCAGGUGGUGGCGUUGUGAAAUCACUUAGGAGGGUAGAAAAAGAGGAUCUCAGCAUGCCGAAUCACUUAAUGGGCUACCGACGGACGUUCAUUGAGAUCCGGUUCGCCAAUGUCGGCGAUCUGAUGGCAGCGAAAAGAGACAUCAUGCCAAUUGCGGAGAAGAAUAGGAAAAACAUGAAUGCCAUGGAUGCCUAUGCUGAGGUUGCUACGACUAAUGGUGACUUCGACCUUUUUGAUAACGAUGAUGAUGAUCGAAACACGAGCACUUCUGUUUCUGAAGCAAGCGACUUUAUCGUCGAUAUACGCGAAUAUGAUGUUCCAUACCACGUUAGAGUAAUGAUAGACUUGGAUAUAAGAGUCGGAAAGUGGUAUUUUGUUGAAGCAAAACAUGGCGUCACAAAAAUCACAUUAAACGAGGACAGAUCUUUGCCGGCUGAUCCCGUAGUUAUGGCAUAUGAUAUCGAGACAUCAAAACUGCCCUUGAAGUUUCCCGAUGCUGCUACCGAUCAGAUCAUGAUGAUAUCAUACAUGAUUGACGGACAAGGUUUUUUGAUCACAAACCGAGAAAUCAUUUCCGAAGACAUUGGCGAUUUCGAUUAUACACCUAAGCCCGAAUACCCCGGUCCUUUCAUGAUUUUCAAUGAACCGGACGAGAAGUCGGUCAUUGAGAGGUUCUUUCUUCACAUCAAGGAGGCACGUCCUACUGUCAUUGCAACUUACAACGGUGACUUUUUCGAUUGGCCAUUCGUUGAGGCAAGAGCAAGCGUAAACGGUAUCGACAUGUACCAAGAGAUUGGUUGGAAGAGAGACAGCGAAGACCAGUUCAAGUGCAACUAUAGUGUUCAUAUGGAUUGCUUUCACUGGGUCAAUCGAGACUCUUACUUGCCUCAAGGAUCUCGAGGCUUGAAGGCUGUCACAGUUGCCAAGCUGGGAUAUGACCCCGACGAACUCGAUCCGGAAUUGAUGACACCAUAUGCAGCGGAGCGACCGCAGACGUUGGCCGAGUACUCAGUUUCCGAUGCCGUCGCAACUUACUAUUUGUACAUGAAAUAUGUACACCCCUUCAUCUUCUCUCUCUGCACGAUCUUGCCAUUGGGAGGAGACGACGUCCUCAGAAAAGGCACUGGCACACUCUGCGAAAUGCUUCUGAUGGUGCAAGCAUACCAGCAGGAGAUUGUGCUGCCAAAUAAGCAUGUCACCCCGAAGGAAUCCUUCUGGGAUGGCCAUUUACUCGACUCUGAGACCUAUGUCGGUGGUCACGUCGAGAGUAUCGAAGCUGGAGUCUUUCGGUCUGACAUCCCUGUCAAUUUCGCCGUUGAUCCUGCUGCAGUUGACGAGCUCUUAGGGGAUAUAGACAAUGCACUCAAGUUCGUCAUUACAGUUGAAGAGAAGAAGUCUCUAGACGAUGUUACCAACUAUGAUGAAGUCAAGCAGCAGAUUGUGAGCAAGCUUAUGAGCCUAAAAGAAACCCCUAAUCGUAACGAAAGGCCGCUCAUAUACCAUUUGGAUGUCGCCUCUAUGUACCCAAAUAUCAUGACGACAAACAGACUGCAACCGGACUCGAUGAUUUCGGAAUCAGACUGCGCGGCCUGCGACUUUAAUCGGCCAGGCAAGACAUGUGAUCGACGACUGCCUUGGGCCUGGAGAGGAGAGUACAUACCUGCGAAAAGGGACGAGUAUAAUAUGAUUCGACAUGCACUCGAAAAUGAAAAGUUUCCUGGUAAAACACCACAUGCCCCGCCGAGAACAUUUCAAGAUUUAAGCGCGGAUGAACAGGCAAACCUAGUGAGGAAGCGUCUUCAACUCUAUUCUCAGAAAGUGUACCACAAAAUCCACGACUCCACGACUAUUGUUCGCGAGGCAAUCAUUUGUCAGCGAGAAAAUCCCUUCUAUAUCAACACUGUCCGUGAUUUCCGUGAUCGCCGAUAUGACUAUAAGGGCAAAGCAAAAGUCUGGAAAGGAAAGACGGAGGCGCUAAAGUCAUCUGGUGCCCCUGGCAAUGAAAUUGACGAUGCGAAAAAGAUGAUUAUCUUGUAUGAUUCUUUGCAGCUUGCGCACAAGGUCAUUUUGAACUCUUUCUACGGAUAUGUCAUGAGAAAAGGCUCUCGUUGGUACUCCAUGGAGAUGGCGGGUGUUACUUGCUUGACGGGAGCCACGAUUAUUCAACUCGCUCGUCAGCUUGUUGAACGCCUUGGCCGACCUCUUGAACUGGACACCGAUGGUAUCUGGUGUAUGCUUCCCGCUACUUUCCCCGAGAAUUUUGCCUUCAAAUUGAAGAAUGGCAAGAAGAUGAACAUAUCUUAUCCUUGUGUCAUGCUCAACCACCUUGUGCACGACAAGUUCACCAACCACCAAUAUCAGACUUUGGUGGACCCCAAAACUUUCAAGUACGAAACUCAUAGCGACAAUUCCAUCUUCUUCGAGGUUGACGGCCCGUACAAGGCAAUGAUUCUGCCCACCUCAAAAGAAGAAGAUAAAAACCUGAAGAAGCGAUAUGCCGUGUUCAACGAUGACGGCAGUCUGGCAGAAUUGAAGGGAUUCGAAGUGAAGCGCCGUGGUGAGCUUAAGCUGAUCAAGAUCUUCCAGCAGCAAAUCUUCAAGUUCUUCCUAGAAGGAGAAGAUUUGACACAAUGCUACACUGCCGUGGCCAAAGUUGCAAAUCAAUGGCUAGAUGUAUUGCAUAACAAAGGAUCUACGCUUGCAGACGAAGAGCUGAUGGAGCUGAUUUCCGAAAACCGAAGCAUGUCCAAGACGCUGGAGGAGUACGGUAGUCAGAAGUCUACCAGUAUCACGACUGCACGACGUCUUGCCGAUUUUUUGGGUGAACAAAUGGUCAAGGACAAAGGUCUGAAUUGUAAAUUCAUUAUUUGUUCUCGGCCGCGAAAUGCACCCGUCACGGAGCGAGCCGUUCCAGUCGCCAUCUUCUCUGCAGAAGAAACCGUGAAACGCGCAUAUCUGAAGAAGUGGCUCAAGGAAGAACCUGUAGAUACCGACCCUCGAGCUCUUUUGGACUGGGAUUAUUACUUGGAACGUCUAGGAUCCGUUAUUCAAAAACUCAUCACCAUUCCCGCCGCGUUGCAAAAAGUCCGCAAUCCCGUUCCUCGAGUACCUCAUCCCGACUGGCUUCAACGAAGGAUAAACAUAAAGGACGACAAGAUGAAGCAAAAGAAGCUCACGGACCUCUUCAGCACCAAAGAACCGCUAGCAGACAUUACGAAUAUUAACGGUUCUCGGACGGAAGACAUGGAGGACUUUGGUUCCAAGCUGCUGAAGCCCAAACAGCUCGGCGCGCUCAUCGCAUCAUCCCAGCCACCAGCUACCUCUCAAAAGCGCAAGUCUCCUGAACCAGCAGAAGAGCCAGACCCUAUGGCCGCUUUGCCGAAUGCCAUACCUGAUCCAUCUGAAGACUAUGUUGAUUUCUUGCAAUAUCAGAAAAUGAAGUGGAAGUUGCAGAAACAAGCACGUAUUCGGAGAAGGCAGCUGUUUGGCGAGAGAAGAGGCAAUGUGAGCAGCAACAUUCAGCAAACAUUUAUGAAGCAGGCACAUCUUACGUUUAUGAAUACGUGGCAACUGCUUCAUCUGAAAGCCACCGACACUCCUGGCAUCGUGACGGCGCACGUCUUAAUUGAUGCGAAGAUCCAUACGCUGAAAAUCAACGUUCCUCGACAAGUCUUUCUCAAUCUUAAAAAGGAGGAACUGCCAGAUGUCGAGAUUGCGGGGUGCCAGGUUGAACAAGUAAACUAUACUCUCCCCAACGGGCAUCAGUCUAAGCAUCUCUUCAAACUCACCGUUCCGGAAGACGUCUACUUUAACGAAGCAGAAAAAUUCUCGCUCUUGUUCAACCACCCCAGUGUAGAGGGUGUGUAUGAAAAACAAGUACCCCUGAAUAUUCGCGCAGUGCUUCGGCUGGGCAAUCUCUGUGCCAUCGACGAGGAGCAAGAAGCUGUUCUUGGCAGGGGUCUCGAGCAAGCAUUCGAUCUGAUGGGCCUUAAACGACCAACCAAGCCAAGGACGUAUCUGGAGUCAUCUCCGUUGGCUUAUAUAUACAUAUCUCACAUCACCGCAGGGGAUCGCCAAAUAUUUGGUCUAUUCUCAACCACAAGUGAUCAGGCCUACGUUGUGAUACUGCAAAAGGGAAGAGAUUCUGGCUCGGAUCUUCCGAAUAUCACCAAGCUGUACUCUGAACUGCUAGCCAAAAGAGCAGAGGAAGCUGCAGGCACGAAUUGGCAGGAUUGUUUCAAAUAUCAAGAGAAGAUCACCUUCAAGAUUACCCAAGUGACAACACGGCGCAAGGCCCACUUAGAGGUCGCUGAUGUCGUCCGAAAACUUCGCAAGGAUGAAUCGCGGCCACAAAUGAUGGUUAUUCAGUCGUCGCAAAGAAACCUUUUGGUUCAUGAUAUUCCUAUUCUGGGCGAAUUUCCCGUGUUGCCCCUCAAGUACGAUGCUUCCGACAGCUCACUGCCGCCCUUGGGUUGGCAAGCAGUUGUUGCGCGACGUCUGGUCGGCCAUUACCUAGGGCUUGGAUCCUGGAUCUUGCACCUUACAGCCUUGGCGCGUUAUGGCGACGUUCCUCUGUGCAACCUAGAGCGUGAUGAUCCUCGUUUCCUGAUUGACAUUGCCUAUGCCAGACGGCUCCAGGCAAACGGUGUGGUGCUAUGGUGGUCUCCUGACCCCCGACCAGACCAUGCUGGUUAUGAAAAGGAUGACAUUGUCGGAUCACUCGACACUGUCAAGAUGCCUAGCAUCAACAACCCCGGAACGUAUUCUUCGGUUUGUAUUGACUUGGAUGUUCGCAAUCUUGCCAUCAACACUAUAUUGACCUCGUCCUUGAUCAACGAGCUUGAAGGCGCUGAAUCAAUAUCAUUCAAUCCUACGGCCGAUGGAUCAGAGAUUCUUGCCUCAGAGAAUGGGUUUGCCAACGCCGGAGUCUUAGUUCUUCGUGAGAUGGUCAAAGCCUGGUGGGCAGAAGCUUGCAAAGGCAGUACGAUGGCCGAUGUGCUUGUUCAGCAUCUCGUCCGGUGGGUUGAGAACCCAGAUUCCUUCAUGUACGACCGAGCGCUGCACUACUAUGUGCAAAUGAUGUCUCGAAAGGCAUUCCAACAGCUCAUGGCAGACUUCAGGCGGGUCGGUUCGCAGGUCAUCUUUGCUAGCGCAAAUCGACUGAUCCUACAGACGACGAAAGCUGAAGUUGGCAAUGCGUUUGCGUAUAGUCAGUACAUUAUCAAGUCGAUCAAAAGCAAGUCUCUAUUCCACUUCAUUGACUUGGAGAUCAAGGAGUACUGGGACUACUUGGUGUGGUAUGACGAGUUUAACUACGGUGGCCGAGCCUGUCAGGAGGUUGCCGAGUCUGACGAACAGAACCUGGAGACCAUUAUGCAUUGGCAGAUGGCCACGUUCCUGCCCGUUCGUCUGCAGUCUACUUUCCAAGACUGGGUGAUUGAGUUUAUCCAACUUAUGCAUAAACUAAAACGACCGGAAAACAAUGACCCUGACUCAACCCCACGACUCACUCAGCUGCCGAAUAGGAACCAAGAGCCCAACGGCGACGAUCAAAUCAUCUUGGGUAAAGCUUUUGAGAAGCCAAUGAAGAAAGUCAUCGUCGGUCUCAUUAACCAGCAGAAGCGCGAACUCAUGCAUCCAGAGCUGGCAGAGGACUAUAGCUUCCCCACGCUGCCUGGCUCGCACCUUUCACUACGCAACCCGAUUCUUGAACUCGUCAAGUCAAUCACACAGGUGUUGUCUCUGGAUAAGAACAUCACUCUUGAGGCAAGAUUAUUGCGUAAAGAGUUGCUUGCGCUCUUCGAAAUCCGCGAGUUUUCCAAGGAGGGAGCGUUUACGAAUCCCUCAGAGAGCUUGAAACUACUGCAAGUGUCGUGUGACAGCUGUACGAUGGCGCGAGAUUUGGAUCUCUGCCGCGACGAAGAUCUGUUUGGCUCUCCUGGAGAGAACGGCGGACAGAGCUGGCACUGUGGCUUCUGCAACAGCGAGUACGAUAGGGUGAGCAUCGAGGAGCGGCUGCUUGCCAUGGUGGAAGGCUGGACGACAGAGUGGGCUAGUCAGGAUCUCAAGUGUGAGCGGUGCGGUGCUCUGAGGGUGAAUGACUUUAUGGAGCAUUGCACUUGCAGUGGUGAGUGGAAAGAGGUGUUGUCACGGGAUGAGGUGGUGCGCAAGUUGGCCGUUAUGAAGCGGGUGGCCCAAUAUUAUGGCUUGAAGAUGCUUGGAAAUGUGGUCGAGGGGCUGUAUGAGGGACUAUAA